GUUCAAAUAAAUCAAUCAAAUAAUACAGAAAUUAUAGAAAAUGAGACCAAAGAUGACCACAUAUUAACUGAAGACAGAGAUAAAGAUAGUAUGAAACAUCAGUCAAACAAUAAGACAAUUAAUCUUUCAUUGAUUUGUAAUAAAAAGGAUAAUAUUAUUGAAUACAAGUGUCUGGACUGUGACAACAAAUUUUUGACACGAAAUGGUUUAAUGGAUCACAUGUUUUACAGUCAUAAGAAACAAUUGGUAUUUCAAGAUAAUUGUAUUAAUCAACAAAACGCUGAUUUGCUGACUAAAAAUGAUUUCAAGAAAAACAAGUGUCAACUGAAAGGCCUAACAGAUAGUGAAAAGAAAAACAAUGAAAUACUAAUAAAAACAAAGAGAAAACAACCGAAAAGUCGAAAAAGAAAAUCAAUUAAUGACAAAAACAAUGACCAGUUAGACAAACAAAGAGUAAUACGGUCUAAACCGGGAGGAUAUAAGUGUCUGAAUAGUGAUUGUCAGAUGACAUUCAAAACGAGUCGGAAGUAUAAAAAACAUCAGAUGACUUGUGUAGUCACUUGUCCUCAAUGCGACAAAAAGUACAAAUGCCAGAAAUCAUAUGUCUUUCACCAAAUGAAAGAACACGGAUCAGGUGUGGAAUUGCCGUACAAAUGUGAUUACAAUGAUUGUAACUAUCAGACGGCUUCAUUGUAUUCAUUUAGGUUUCAUAAGUUAAGUAAACACACGACAAACAAACAAUUUGUUUGUCCGAUCGCUGACUGUUCCAAAGCAUUCAAAUUUAAGACACAAUAUAACCGUCAUUUGGCCGAACAUCGAUCGGAACCGACACUCAAAUGUCGCGAAAAGGAUUGUCGGCAACUGUUUUAUACGGAUAAAGAAAUUUAUAGACAUCGUAUCGUUGAUCAUAAACGUAAAAUUAGGAAAAAGCCUAAACCAUACAAACAGUGCGAUUGGCCGGGUUGUGACUAUUAUGGACAAGCACUGGCACGCCAUAAGUUAGUCCAUACGGGUGAGAAAAAUUUUCCGUGUCAUUGGCCUGAAUGUGGUAAACGGUUUACCGGCAAACAAAAACUCAUUGAACACAUGAAUAUUCACAACAAUGUUAAACCAUAUGCUUGUCGUUGGCCGGGAUGUGAGUACCGGUGCGCUAGUAAUUCAAAUAUUAAUAAACAUAUGAAACAAAUCCAUCAUCAAUAG